GUUUUACGGGGGUAUUGUUGUUCAAUCAAAAUGCGACGUUGCCGCUACUUGUAUUGACAUUGAUGAAAGAUGGUCGUGUUGUCGAGUGCGAGAGAGAUGCUUGAUUAUGACAAGGCAAUUGGCAAUCCUGAUGUUACAAAUUUUGACAGAAUGAGUUCAGCCUUAAAACCAGCAUUAACACCUUCCGGUGUGCAAAAUCAGCCGGUACCUUCGCAGUUGAAUAAACCCAUGCAUACUCAGGGAGCACCGACCACAUAUGGUCAACCGAUGAGCCAUAUACCACAAAACCUUGUUAAUAUACCGCAUAAUGCACCGAACUCUGGCAGUGUGCACAAUCAGGUGCAUAGCAUUAACGCUAAUGUCCAUACAGCGCAUCCUUCUAACCAUUAUUCUUUAAACGUCCCUAAUGCUUCACAACAUUACCCGAUAAGCGGAAAUAUCCCCAUUAACACACAUUCUGCACCUGUAAGUAAUCAUCCUGUACCAAACACAACACAAGCACACAUUCAACCACCCUCCACGUUCUCCCCUUCACCAAAAAAUUUAUCCUACAAUCCUAAUUAUCAAAGCAACGUUGGACAUUCAUAUAAAACGACAAGUAUGACACCACCGGUAAAUCAACUACCACAAUCUCAACCGACAGAAACUACACCACCAACAGAGAAGCCUCAAUCGAACGGAACACCCGAUAUCAAAAUUGCAAGCAAACCUGAGCCUUCACAGAACCACGUAACGCCGAUAGUUAUAGAAAAAUCGAUCCAGCCUCCUCCCCAAUUACCGCCUGCCGAAAUCCAAGUACAAUCAACGCCCGAAAAGGCAAAAACCGUACUAGAACAAGCGUCCGUUGAACCCGAAGAGAGCGUAAAGGAAUCAAACGAAAGUAAACCUUCGGAUGAGGAAAGCAGGCCUCCGCCGGAACCUGAAGAUAGUUCGACGAUCACAAUGGCGGCGGCUACUGCUGAUAGUGUACCGAGUUCGGUUACAGAAACUAGUGCAAUUUCGACUGAAAGUGUUCCUUCUGCAGAGACUGAACCGCCAGUCGAUAGUACUAGUACGGAUGCGAUGGAAACCGAUCGUCCACCCUCCCCUCCUUCACAAAGUACUGAAGUACCUGAGCAGAUUAAAAAUGACGACGACAAUAGUGCCAGUCCAACAAAUGCUACUGUCAAUAAAACUAAGGAUCAGAAUAAUCAAAAACCAACUUUAAAAUUAGCUACGACACCUAGAAACGUAACCAAAAAACCCAAAGUGUCCAAGCCGGACCCGGAAACUCCCAAAGUUGUGAAACCCGAAACGAAAGCAUUACAAAAGUCGCCAGGAUCGGGUGGCAAAUCUAAACGAACUCGCACUAAAACGCAGCCGUAUCAAAGCCCGUUACCCGAAGUUGAGAUGAUCUCUAAAAUUACUGCGACAACACCACGCAGUAGAAAUAAUGAGGAUAAGCUAAUCAUAUUUUACAAGAACGAGUUUUUAGCAGUGCGGAACUCCGAAGGAGGUUUUUACAUUUGUCAGGCGGUACAAAAUAUUUACAAAAGCUCGCCCAGGAUACGUAUUCGUUGGCUGUCUCAAGACAAAAGUGACAAGGAGGUUUAUACACCUGAUUUCUAUGACAAUACGGAUUUCGACUGUAUCUUGACUAAUUUGAAUCUCUCGCGUGCCGGUAAAGGUAAAUAUAGGUUGCCGGCCGCUGAGAGAAUUAGGACGGAUAGUAUUCUGAAGCGAGCAUUAGCCGUGGAGAAAGGCGAUGAAAAACCUACUUCUUUAACUGAAGAGCAUCCAGAUGGUUUAGAUUUAUCUCUGUAUAAAGAAGAAAGUCAGUUGAAAAAGAGGAAAACUGUAAAACGUAAAGCAAGUUCGCCACUAAGAGCUGCCGCCUCCACCAGCAGUUUGACGAAAUCCCCCGAACAAGCAAAAGUGCAAAAAGUCGCACCAAAACCAAAACCGCCUCCCGUCAAAAAGGCGACCGUUCUAAAAAAGGCGUUAUCGACAAAAGUAAAAAAAGUAAUUCCUCUUACAAAAAUAGCACGUUCAGAAAGAACGCUAAAGCGACCAACCGAAGAAAUUAAACCACCGAUUAAGGCAGUUCCCAUCAUUGACCAGAAAAAAGCGAAGGUUCUUGCAAAAGUUGCCAGAAAACCUGUGGUGCCCGCUCCUAAACCCCAACCGCCGCCGCCUCCUAAACAAAUCGCGAAAAAUCUAAAAGCGCCAGUUCCAGCGCCACCCGUUAAAAAACCACUAGUGAAAAGACCGCCACCAGUUGCUAUCACUCGAAAAUCGAAACGUGCAAAAAAAUAAAAUUGGUGUUACUAUCAAUAAGUUAUCAUAUUAUAUUUUAUUUACAGUUUAACUGCAAGAAUAGCAUUUGUUUAUAUUAAGAACAUGACUUAAAAAAGUAAUACACAGAACGAGAUGGUGCAUUUUAAUCUUAUUGAAGGUUCUCACUUUAUUCGUUCUGUUUAAUGAGCAGUGUUUGGAAAAUGUAAAAUAGCACUUUGGUGGAUGUACAGAGUCGUUUGCAUGAUCUGUACUUUUUAAUUGAGGGUUUGUGUAUGGUAAUUUUACUUUAUUAUCGUACUUAAACUUUUCAGGAAGAGUUUUUUAUUUAGUAAUUGUACAAUUGGAACCCAUAAAUGAACGAUAUUUUUAAGAUCAAUUGAUGUAGGAGUAGUCGUUUGUGUUAGAGUUAAAAUGAACAGUUUAUGUAAAUGACUAAUGAUAUUGUGCAAAGUUAUAUGGCACCUGAAGUUGAUGAAUGUGUUGCAAUUUAGGUUACAAGUUUUUUUAAAAACACUAAUAUUGAAAGCUCUCAGGGCAGCAUUUGGUUAUACUGGAUAUAAUCAAUUCGUCAAUAAAAAGAAAAAUUUUAUACAUAGCUUUAAAUAAAUUUAGAGCAAUUUGCUUAAAAUUAACAAAAGUGUAUAUUUAUUCGUUGUUUCAACAUACUAGUGUUUUUAAAAAUCUGCACUAAUUUUUAUAUUUUACAAUUUUUAUUUUAGCAAUAGCGUUAACUUUUAGUGAAUUAUUUUUCAUUGUAUAUUUUAUUCUUACAGAUGUAGAAUAAUAAGGUUAUUUAAGAGGCGUUUAAUAUAUAUUAGAUUUUAAUCCAAUUAAAAACUUCACUCAGCAAGAAUAAUCAGAUUGACCAAUUUCAUACAAACCACAAACAGCACAAAAAUCAUUGCAAAGUAUCGUAUUUAGAAUGUAGUCGAUGUAUGUUCAGUCUUUUGUGCUUGUCAGUUAUUUAAUUAAGGAUGUCAAAAGAUUGAAUCUGUAGCAAUGUUUGAAAUUGUCUGAAAACAAUUGAUCUGAAUUAUUUAGAAAAUAUCCCAAAUUAUAAUUUAUAAUGUACAUGGUUUUCGAAUAAAAAGUAUUUAUGAAAUGAA